AUGGCAUCAAAGAAGUCCUAUGAAGACUACAGCGUGGGUUGGAUUUGUGCUCUCCCAAAGGAGCAGACGGCUGCGACGGCCAUGCUAGAUGAGAGACAUGCAGACCUGCCAAAGCUCACACGCGAUGCCAACACUUACACUCUCGGCUCGAUCGGUCCUCACAAUGUCGUUAUCGCCUGCCUGCCCAAGGGCCAGUACGGCACCAACUCGGCAGCCAACGUGGCAGCCUUUAUGAUCAGGACAUUCCCUUCCAUCAAGAUCGGCCUCAUGGUCGGUAUUGGAGGUGGCGUCCCGCCGAAAGUGAGGCUUGGUGAUGUUGUCAUCAGCACUCCGACCGGCCAGUAUCCUGGAGUCGUCCAAUGGGAUUUUGGUAAAGAGACCCAAGAAGAAGGCUUUGUAAGAACUGGGGCCCUGAGCAAUCCACCCGGUGCUCUAUUGACAGCUUUGGCCAAGUUGGAGACGAAACAUGAGCUUACGGGGUCCAAGAUCCCUGAGUUUCUUGAGGAGCUCAAGGCUAAGUUCCCGAGGUUGGCGAAGAAGUACUUGAAGUCUGACAAGCUUCAAGACUUUCUUUUCCAAACAGACUACGUUCACAUUAAAGAACCAUUCUCGAAUAUGAACUCUGAGGGCCCCACAGGUGGAAUGGUGGAGGUAUUUGUGGACGAGGAACUCGAAGAGGGAUCGGAUGAAGAUGGUGAUCCAUGCCAGUUCUGUGAUAAGUCCAAGAUCAUCAAAAGGAGGCGUCGAUCAUUCCGAGUUCACCACGGCCUCAUCGCAUCCGGCAACAAAGUCAUCAAAGACGGUUUACUGCGAGAGAAGCUGAACAGCGCACUUGGAGGCGAAGUUCUCUGUUUUGAGACGGAAGCGGCCGGGCUGAUGAACAACUUCCCCUGCCUGGUUAUCCGGGGCAUCUGCGACUACUGUGACUCGCAUAAGAACGACGCUUGGCAGGAACAUGCUGCUGCGGUGGCAGCGGCCUUUGCGAAAGAGCUUCUGGGUUGUCAAGUGCAGAGCUGGAUCUCGACAAGCAAAGAGACGAUGUUCUGUGAAGGCGUUCCGGGAGCGGGCAAAACUUUCCAAAUGGCCAUCUUGGUCAACUAUCUUACCGAAAAGUUCCGGUAUGAUGGAACAGUUGGCAUGGCUUAUAUCUACUACAACUACAAAAGGCACCACGAUCAAAAAGCUGAACAUAUGCUUGCGAGUCUCAUCAAGCAACUGGCACAGAACUCGAGGACUUUUCCGGAAGCAGUGCACAAGCUGCAUGAUAGACAUAGGCUUGGGAACACUCAUCCCUUUUUCGUUGAGUUGUCGGACACUCUUGCCGUUCUUGUCCGGUCCUUCUCUAGAGUUUUCAUCCUCAUUGAUGCUCUCGAUGAAGCCGAGGACAAUGAGCGUACAAAGCUUUUGGAUCGUAUAAUCAUGAUGCAGGAGGAGAGUAGACUCAAUCUUUUUGCGACAUCAAGGGCAAUCAACACCAUUGCAGCCAAGUUCGAAGGAUCUAGUUCCAGGGAAAUCUCUCCCAGCCGCCACGACGUUUUCCAGGUUCUCAAUGCUCGCAUGUCUGAGCUUCCAUCGUUUGUUAGAGAAGAUGAGGACCUGCAGAACGAAAUCAAAGCCUCUAUCGAAGCAGCUAUGGGUGGAAUGUUCCUCCUUGCCCAACUCUAUCUAAACUCCUUCGUGGGCUCAAGAUCCCCGUCAUCCCUCAAGAAAUCACUCAAGUCUCUGCAAGAGGCCUCAUUCUCAUCUUCGUCUUCGUCUUCAUCAGACAGGUCCAGAGUCUUGGACGAAGCAUAUGACAAGUCGAUGGAACGAAUACAGCAACUGAAAGGAGAUUUGCCUCGCGACGCGGUACUGAUAAUCUCCUGGAUUGUCAAGGCAAGGAGGCAAAUGAAAGUAGCCGAGCUUCAAGAAGCUCUUGCUGUUGAAAUCGGUGCAUCUGAGCUUGACAGAGACAAUAUUCCAACUGUCGACCAUAUCAUCCAAGCCUGUGCUUCGUUGGUCGUGGUUGAGGGAGACGGCAUCGAACUGGUCCAUUACACCGCGCAGGAAUACUUUGAACGUCCCGACAACCAAUGGAUGCAGAAGGCGCACAGCUACAUAACAAACGUUUGCCUGACAUAUUUGUCAUUCUCCGAUUUUCGAAAUGAAGGUUGCAUGUCAUGGGAGGUUCGUGCGAAGAGGAUCAAGAACCGUCCCUUCUACGGCUACUCGGACGAGAACUGGGCGUAUCAUACCAAUGAGGCUUUGGAACAGGGCUUCGAAGUUUCGAAAGUGGUUGAGUUUCUUGACUUCGGUGUUCUGCGAGCGUCAUGGUACCAAAACCUACUGUGCGGCCACACAGCUAAACCCUUCGAUCUGAAACCGUUUCCCAAUCAGGUGGCACCCCUGCAUAUCGCCGCAUUCUUCGGUCUUCACGGAGUGACUGGUAUGACGGCAUUAAGUUUGGCAGCGAGGUUUGAGAGGAAAGCCGUUUUUGAUCUGCUCGUCGAGAAAGGCGCCAACAUCGAGGCCAGAGAUAAAAAGUCAGGCCAAACACCGCUAGCUAUGUGCGCAGAGACCGGACGCGCGACCGCUGUUCAGUGGCUUGUUGAGAAGGGAGCCGAUAUCGAAGCGAAGGACAACAGGAGUAGGACACCAUUGAUGCUGGCCACCUUGGGAAGCCACAAGGAUAUUAUUCAAUACCUCCUCGGAAAGGGAGCUGAUAUCGAAGCAAAGGACAACAUGAGUAGGACGCCAUUGAUGCUGGCCACCUUAGGAAGCCACGAGGACAUUGUUCAAUAUCUCCUCGGAAAAGGAGCCGACAACGAAGCAAAGGAUAUCAGCAAUCUAACACCUUUGUUAUCUGAGCAGGUGGAUGCCAAUACGAAUGAUGUUCAAGGCCACACACCUCUGCGAUAUGCAAUGGAGCGCCCGGAUGAAGAUCAGAUUCUCAACAUUUUGCUGAACUCUGAGAAGGUGGACGUCAACGCAAAGGACGACCAGGGACGCACACCCCUGCACUAUGCGAUAGAAUGCGCAGAAGAGUCACUUCUCAGAAUGCUGCUCGACUGCGAGAAAGUGAACGCCAACGAAAAGAAUGAUCAAGGACGUACGCCGCUGUUAUAUGCAAUACAAUCAGUGGACAGACCCACCGUACAGCUACUGCUUGAGUCUGGAAAAGUUGACGUGAACAUGGGCGACAACCAAGCCCGCACGCCGCUGUCCUAUGCGGUAGAACUCAUGGACAAAUAUACCGUCGCCAGGGCGCUACUCAAGACUAGCAAAGUUGACGUGAACUCGAAAGAUAACCAGGGGAGAACGCCGUUGUGGUAUGCCAUGAGAGCUGGGAAUCAGGAGCUCGAAAGAUUGCUACGGAGACGUGGCGCACAGGAUGCAUCCGAGACAAAAAGCAAACGCACAUCAUCGCGAAGAUUGCAGGGAAAAGGGUCAACGUCUAGGAGAAUGGAAAGGUGA